ACGACUACACACACCAUGGACCGCCCUACACAUACGCCCCCCGCCCCAAACACCGAGGCCGAGCUGGAAUCCUUCCGCCAGAAGUGGAGAGAGGAGGUCACGGCCCGCUCAAAGGCAAAGGCCCCGGCUUCAUCCGCUGGCCCAUCAAAGGCCGCCGCCACCGCAUCUUCCAGCAGACACCAUGCAGCCAAAGCCCAUGCACCACAUUCACACCCCCAUGGCCAUGCCCGGAAACUGAGUCUCGAGGGCGGCGACGAGGUGUCUUCUUACAUAUACCCUGAUCUUGGCGAAAAGCAACAUGGCCGGAGACUGGACGAGACCAGCGCCCAGACAGCUGCCGCCCUCGCCCAGGGCCAAGAACCCCAGUCUGCCCUCGAGCAUUACGAAAAGGCCGUAGAAAGAGAGAGCCAGGGCCGCCUGGGCGACAGUGUGGACCUGUACCGGAAAGCUUUCAAGCUCGACUCGAGAGUGCAAGAAACAUACAAAGCAAAGCACUUUCCCCCAUCCUACUUCAAGAAACUCAAAGCACAGCAAGCAGCGGCAUCGGCAUCGGCAUCGGCAUCUGCACCCGCACCCGCACCUAAACCCCAGGACCCCAAUCCCUCCAAUGCCCCGGACACAGUACCUAAUGCCGCCCACCACUCCCUGCAUGGCCUGUCCUCCUCGCUGCAGACGCUGAUCAGUGAAUACUCCAAGACGUCUAUUCUCGGUCAGCCCGCCCCAACAGACCUCAGCCCCGCGCCACCAUGUCCCAUUGCCAGCCUUCCCGAGGAAAUCCUAGUCGAAAUCCUAGAGCAGCUCGCCGUGCAAGACGUAGCCUCCUUCGUCCGCUUGUCUCAAGUAUGCAAACGCCUCGCAUACCUGGUCACGACCGAAGAGCGAGUCUGGAAGCGCCUAGCCCUAGGAAACGAGUACGGCUUCGCAGCCAUGCACUACACAUGGACCUGUGGUAUUGGCGGCAAGCCGCUCCAAGACGACGAAAGCCUCCUUCUGGGCACCGCCAACCUCGAUCUCUCCGACUCAGACGACAUGGACCAGCUCGCUGCCGUCGAGCCUCCCUCGCCCGUAGCCCUCACCCAGCUGCUGGUCCCCACGCCCUAUCCCACAUACCGCACGCUAUUUCGACAGCGCCCACGCAUCCGCUUCAACGGCUGCUACAUCAGCACGGUCAACUACGCGCGCCCCGGCCAGGCGCAGCCCACAACCUCGACGUGGAACUCGCCCAUCCACAUCGUCACCUACUUCCGCUACCUGCGCUUCCUCCGCGACGGAACCUGCAUCUCGCUGCUGACCACGACCGAGCCCGCAGACGUAGUUCCCUACCUGUACAUUGAGCACUUGCACAAAAACCACCACAACCUCCCCACGGCCGCCAUGAAAGACGCCGUUCUCGGCCGAUGGCGCCUCAGCGGCCCCCAAGUCCCUUCUUCGCCUACUGUUACCGCCUCCGACGACGACGAGCCUAUAGGGGAAAAAGAAGGAACCCUGCACAUCGAGACGCCUGGCGCUACCCCAAAGUACAUUUACAAAAUGGCGCUUACGCUCGGCAACGCGGGCCGCAGCUCGAAGAAUAACAAGCUCGUCUGGCAGGGCUACUGGAGCUACAAUGUCCUUACUGAUGAUUGGGCCGAGUUUGCCCUCAAGAACGAUCGUGCGUUUUACUUUAGCAGAGUCAAGAGCUAUGGCAUGGCUUGGGAAGAGAGGGGCAUCAAGGACUACUGAGCAUCUGUCUCCACAUACCCUACCUAAUUAGACACUGC